AUGGCAGUUGAAAAGAGGUUUGUUUUGGUGGGGAUUAAAAUAGAUGACCUUUGUAAACAGCUUGUCAACUGGGCACUUGUCAAAGUUGCAGAACCAGGGGAUUGUGUUGUAGCAGUUCAUGUUGUUAAAAAUCCAGAUCAUGUUUGCAAGAGCAAGACUAUGAUUGAUGACUAUUUAGAAAUUUAUGAAGGGCUAUGUGAUGUUAAGAAGGUAGAUCUCACUGGUCAAAUCUUUUAUGGAAGCUCCAUUCGAAACAUUCUUGUUAGAGAAGCAAAAAAGCAUACAGCUCUGGCUCUAGUGGUAGGGGGUCGAGCUGGCACAGCUAAAUAUUGCGCCAAACGACUACCACCCACCACGAAUGUUCUAGCCAUCCGAGACUCAAGGAUUGUCUAUAGGAGGUGCACCAAUAAACAACUACCAGGUGGUCUUAUAAUGGAUCCAAGACCAAGCUUAACAAUCAUAGGAGAAAACUUGAGUGACAUAUUAAACCAGUCCACAUUUGGUGACUCCACUGUUGAGAUUGAGAAAUCAGCAAGCAAAAAUUCAUUAGAGUUGAAGGAAGAAGCAUCUGACGGAUUAGAAAUGUGUAAGUCAAGGUCAACAUCCAUGCUUUCUGGUGAUUCAGCUGAGCAGAAGCUUGGGUGGCCUCUACUACGCCGAGCCAAUUCAGGAAUGUCACAAACUCAUCAAGCAAGGGACAUGUCAGUAGUACAAUGGGUAAUGACCUUACCAGAUCGUUCACCAAAUAAAAGUCCUUGCUCUUCUUCCUCUGAGGAAAAUCCAUUUGAAAGGAGCAUCAGCGAUAUUGAUGAUGAGAGCUCUAAAAUUUCUUCAGCUCCAUCUGUUGAGCUACCAAAUGGCCUAGAGGAGAUGCUAAACGUACAUUCAAUCGACUGCAAGUGGUUCAGCCUUGAAGUUCUGCAGUCUUGCACUAGACAAUUUUCUUCAGAAAACUUGGUUGGGAAAGGAGGGAGCAAUCGUGUGUACAAAGGAGUCCUCCCUGAUGGAAAACCGGUGGCAGUUAAAGUAUUGCAGUCAUCAAAAGAAGCGUGGAAAGAUUUCGCCCUUGAGGUGGAAAUAAUAUCCUCAUUGAAGCACAAGAGCAUUACCCCUCUACUUGGGAUUUGCACAGAGAACAAUACUUUAAUCUCGGUUUAUGAUUAUAUCCCCCAAGGCAGCUUAGAGGAAAAUCUGCAGGGAAAGAGCAAAUUGUCAUGGGAAAUGAGAUUUAAUGUGGCAGUUAGGAUCGCUGAAGCUCUUGAUUACCUGCACAGCGAAGCUUUGAAGCCUGUUGUCAUACAUAAAGAUGUCAAGUCGUCUAACAUUCUUCUAUCUGAAGGGUUUGAACCUCAGUUAUCUGAUUUCGGACUUGCAAUAUGGGGACCAACAACUUCAUCCAUUUUUACCCAAGAUGUAGUAGGAACAUUUGGUUAUCUUGCUCCUGAAUACUUCAUGUAUGGAAAAGUCAGUGACAAGAUAGAUGUUUAUGCCUUUGGUGUAGUUCUACUUGAACUAAUAACAGGAAGGGAACCAAUCAGCUCAGCAUCUUGCAAAGGACAGGAGAGCUUGGUCGUGUGGGCAAAACCAAUAAUAGACAGUGGGGACAUUAAAGGCUUAUUGGACCCAAAUUUAGAAGGGAAAUUUGAUGAGGUCCAAUUGCAAAGAAUGGUUCUGGCAGCAUCUUUAUGCAUCACACGGUCUGCUCGACUUCGUCCUAAACUGAAUCAGAUACUGAAGAUCCUAAAAGGAGAUGAGAAAGAUGAAUAUUUCCUCAACUCGCAUGGGAAUGAUGAGGAGGAUUCAGAAAAUGGAGAAAACAUAGAUGAUGAAGUGUAUCCAAGUUCAAGUGCUGAGUUACACCUGAGUCUUGCAUUACUUGGUGUGUUGGAUGACAGAACGUCACAAACUAGCACUGAGCUGAGCUAUAGUGAGCACUUGAAAGAACAAUGGAGCAGGUCAUCAAGUUUUAAUUGUUAG